GAUCUAGCUCAAAAGAACAUGAAGCUUAAGGGGGUGAAUGUUGGAUAAGCUUCAUUGCUUAGACAACAAGUUAUCCUAAAGUAAGUUGGAUAACAAAUACUAAUAGGUUUAGGAUAAGUCUAAGAUUUCCUAGAUCAUGUUGUAAUAGGAUAAAGCUAAGGUUUUCUAUUACUUAUAUAUAGAGAUACAAUGUAAGGAUGAUCUCUAAAACAUUAGAAAAGAAAGUUAAGAAAGAUUAAUAAAACAAAGUAAAAGGUUUUAUUAUACAUUGUGUUCUUGGUGACUUUAUCCCAAGCAUCAUUGGUCCUAAAUAUGGAAAACGAUACACGCAAGAGAGGAUCAUCGUCAAUAUCUAGAAACUUAUCGAUAGGAUACUACUAUCAGCGUAGGUCGUCGGAGGGUGUUCCGUUCAAGUGGGAGAUGCAGCCAGGGACUCCCAUUAAUACUCAGCCCGGGGAGAUCAUUCCUCCGAUCAGUCCUCCUCCUGCGAUGCUCAGCCUCGGCUUCCCCAAGCCAUCCAUCUCCGUCCAAGAGCCAAAACACUCUGUGUUUCCAGCGAAGCUGAAGCUGCGGAGUUGGAAACAUAUUCGCUGCAAGAGAUAUUUGUCUAGAUUAACUUACAAAAUGGUUUUCUCUUCGGGAUGUUUGUACCCUGAGAAAUGCUAGCUAGAUAGGCAGGAAUGAAUAGGCCGAGUUAAAUAAAUAACGUGUUGGCAGAAGAAAAAAAAGUAACAAGAACCCAUAUUAAGAUUCCAAGGCUUAUUGAUAGACCCAGGGGAAAAUCGCAAAAUUUAACUUUUUAAACCAAAAAUUAUUUCUCUAGUUGCGUGUAACCGGCUCUCAGAGCA